UGAAAACGAAACUUAAAAAGCAGAAAUCUCUGGGCAGCCCCCCCUUCUCCAUUAAGAGCUCAUCUGGAAGAGGAAAGAGCUUCGUGGGAAGACAAGCAUGGCUCAGGGGACCUCAGCAUCCCUCUCCGAGAGCCAGGAGAUGGGUGAAUUACAGUUCCUCUUGUGUGAGAGUUGCCAUGGGGAAGUCCGGAGCCCCAAACUCCUGCCAUGCCUUCACAACCUGUGCACCCAGUGCCUCGAAGAAACCCAGCCCACUGGUCACUGUGCCAUAUGCAGAGCCCCGUAUCCCCCUGAACUGCAGUGCAACAUGUUCUUUGCAAACCUUCAGUCCCAGCUGAGCAUCUACCAGAGGAUUAGCCAAAGCCAAGGUUUGGCCUGCAGCUGCAGCUCUGAGAGAGAGGCGGUGUUCUGGUGUUCCGAAUGUGACUGGCUCUUUUGCGACGGCGUGUGUUCCAAAAACCACGACAGAGUCAAGAAGAACAGCCCCCAUGAAGUCAAAACACUGAAGAAUCUCCAGGAUGUGUCUAGCGCAGAGUUCCUUGCAGGGACCAGAAAGCAAAGUGCCAUGAACUGCCCCAAAAUAAACCACAAUAAUGAUACUGCAAGGUUCUAUUGCAAUGAGUGUAGGCGACCCAUGUGUGUGGUUUGCGUUACGCUGGACAGCAAACACCAGAGCCAGCACUGCGAAAUGCCGGACGAAAUCCGGCGCAGGCAAAACGAGCUGCAGAACAUGCAAAGCGAGCUCAAGAAAAGCAACCACAGCGAAGUCUACCACAGCCUCCAGGAGCUGGUGGGAAGCAUGGAGAAGGCGAGGAACGAGACGAGGGAGCUGAUCCAGCAACAGAUUGGCGAGAUGGUGAAGGUGCUGCAAGAAAAGGAGGCCAAGUUCCUAGAAGAAGUGGAGGCCCAGCACCAGCAACAAGUCAAGGAUGUAGAGAGGAGGCUCAAGGACGUGGAAGGCCUGGUCAAGAGGGUGGCAUCCAGCGAGCAGCUGGUGGAGAAGAUGCAGCUCUACGCCUCUGACCAGGUGGUCUUGGAGAUGCACCCCCACAUCAAAAAGUCGCUGGAGGAGCUGAGAGAUAACCAGCCGCCAGUUGUCAAUUUCCAGAUCCAAGCAAGGGACUUUGCAGAGGUCAAGACCCAGCUCCAGGCUCUGUAUGAAAGAGUGACAAAGGCCAGAGAAGCUGUCCCAGGUGGACUGGAUACUGCCCCCAACCAGGGAGGGUCUGAAAAACAGCCUUCCCGCCGCCGCCUUAAUGAGGUGGCCAGAAUGACGGACGCCAGCGACUCAGAUGGCACCAGCACCAGCACCAGCACCAGCAACGCAAGCAGCAGUAAUCGGGGCCACCUCCCGAAGUCGCCAGCAAAGAGGAAAUGUGGCCGCCUGGAAAGGGCUGUCCAGACCCACCUGGAAAGGGCUGUCCAGACCCCUACAAAAGUGGUGAAAAUGGAACAUGAUUACGAUGGUGCCGGAUCCAGCCAGCUGCCUAGCAACAGGCGGCUGGAAGAAACACGGACCAGUUCUCAAUCUCCAGGAUGCGCCCAUCCCACAGGGAGCAGGGACAGGGCAGGAGAAGGCAUGGGCAGCUCAAAGUGGUCCCCCAGGUCUGAUCCACAGCUGUCUGAGCCAGAUGAUGCUCCUGUGAGCAUUUCCUCGGGAGACGAAAUCACCGACGACGAAUCUGUGGAAUCUAGCUUGCUACAGGACAUCAGGAACAGAUCACAGAGUAGCCAGGAAGAACGCCUGAGGCAGGAGUUUCAGCCGGGGCAAGGGACCAUGGUGUUUUUCGACCUGAAGCUUCUACCGGGUGACAUCCUGCACCUAGUUGCCCUAGCAGAAGAAACAAACUGCUGCUCUGUCCUGAUCCAGCCACUGGUGCCUUCCUCUGGCGGAGACGCAAGAAGCAAAUUAUCCGAGACAGGGCUGGAGAACUUCCUCGACUAUGUCUGCUCCCUCUCCCUGCCCAUUUUGGUGGGGUACAACAUCUGGUCCGUGGACCAUCUCCCAGCCCUGGUUGACGCCCUGCAGGCUCUCAACAAGGAGGACCUAUUUGAAGCCUCCAUCUUUGGUUUCAUCGAUGCCUUGCCCCUCAUUAAGGAGAAGACCCCAGAGUUGAACAGCCACACGCUGAAAAGCCUGGACAGCGCAUAUCUCUGGGGCCAGCUGAAUGACACGUGGGCCUAUGACUGUGCCAGGACCCUGAAAGAUUUGUGUACUGUCUUGGAGGUUAACCCUGUGAUGGAGAAAAGGCCAAUCAUUGCCUACUCCAACUUACGGUCCUACGCCUCCCUGCGGCCCCUCCUGUGGCAGAAGCUCCUCUCCGAGCCCUCCGCAAAGACCUUGGCGCUGCACGGUGUCUGCCUCUCCAUGCUCCAGCACGUCUACCAAGAGGACCCAGAAAGGGGGCUGAGCAAGUUGUGCAGGUUCCUGAAUCGCAGCCGAAAGGACACGGAGGACAAAAUCCAAAAGCUGAGCAAGAUUCGCUUCUACUUCCAAAAACUGCAGUCGGCAGCUUGGCAUCUGCCGCCGGCAGCAACCUCAUAGAAUCUUUAGAGUUGGAAGGGACCCAACAGUCAUCUAGUCCAACCCUCUGCAGUGCAGGAAUCGCACCUGAAGAAUCCCUGACCAUCCGACCUCUGCUUAAAAACCUCCCAGGAAAGAGAGUCCACCACCUCUCACGGGAGUCUGUUCCACUGCUGAACAGCUCUUACUGUUUUUUUGCGAAUGUUUAGUCCAGGCAUCCCCAAACGGCGGCCCUCCAGAUGUUUUGGCCUACAACUCCCAUGAUCCCUAACUAACAGGACCAGUGGUUGGGGAAGAUGGGAAUUGUAGUCCAAAACAUCUGGAGGACCGAAGUUUGGGGAUGCCUGGUUUAGUCGGAAUCUCCUUUCUUGUAACUUGAAGCCAUUGCCUCGAGUCCGACCCUCCAGAGCAGGAGAUUCUACAAUUCUAUGCUUCUACCAUGUUAAUGAAAUAAGUACUAAUUGAUGCAAUCAGGGAACCAUAAUAGAAAUACUGUACUCAAACUGGCCCAAGCAUAAAGAGAAGGGAGGACAAUUAACUCAGUCGACCUGUAACAUCGUUCCAUGCAGCUGUAUGAGUUGAUAAGGGUCAGCCAUUAUCACCAAGCUCUGGGGUUGACUUAUCUCAGCAUUGGAGUUUCAUUUGCAAGUCCAGCUGAGUCCAGCUGAAACCUUUUGAGUAGAGCUAUAAUUGUCCUCCAGGACAGGGCCACCCAGAUGUUGCUGGACUAAAACUCCCACCAUCCCUGGCCACUGGCUACUCUGGGCAGGGUUCAUGGGAGUUGAGAGUCCAACAACCUCAGGUCCCCAAACUUUUCCACCCCAUCCUAGAAAAUGGCCCACAGGGCAACCCUAUACAUCAGGCAUGUCCAACAGGUUGAUCGUGAUCUACCGGUAGAUCACUGGAUGUCUGUGGUAGAUCACCGGUAGAUCAGUGGCUCCCCCCCAAAGAAGCUAAAAAAACUUUGGCUCCCCUAAAAAAACCUCAACACCUUUGCCCUGCACCCCUAAAAUGACCUGAGCCACCAAAACCAGGGCUUUCCUUCCUAAAAAAAAAAAGCUCAAUAUCGCUUCCUUCCUAACUAAAGAAGCUCAACAACUUUUACAUGAACUCCAAAAAACAGGGCUUUCCUUCCUAAAAAAAGCUCAACAACUUUGACCUGAACCCUACAAAAGGGGGUAGAUCACUGCCAGUUGUUAACUCUGUGAGUAGAUCACAGUCUCUUGGGAGUUGGCCACCCCUGCUAUACAUCUACUCGGAAGUAAGCUCACUGGGUUUAAUGGGACUUACUCUCAGGUAAGUGUGUGCAGGAUUGGAGCCUAAAUGUUGUCUCUCAGCAUCUGAAGAGCUCAACCAGAUCAUUUGCCCAUUGCUUUGCGAUUCCUGAUACCCUGCCUGGCAGGCAGUAAUAGCUGUGGGCUGUCAAUGAGAGAAUUUCAGGAAGGGCUGCUUUUCUUUGCCUUGCCGCACCCUGAUGGGGCAAGUUGCACCUGCUAAAAUCCCCUGAAAAUGGAGGGGCUCUACUGCACUGCAGGGGGUUGGACUAGCUGACCCUUUGGGUGCCCUUUCAACCCUACACCUUGGUAAUUGUACGAUGCAACAGAUCACCCUAAUGCAGAUAUAGCAGCCAACCCAGUUUAAUAUCACAGCUGCAGAGUAUGUCAGUUCAAAAGCAGUUUCAGAACAGUUUCAAUUUCAGAAGCCUUUUAAAUGUGUUGGGGGGGGUGAGCUAUUUGUUUCUUAUUGUUCUUAUUUUUACUCUGCAUUCUGUGUUUUUUAUAUUGUAUUUUUAUGUCGUGAACCGCCCUGAGAUCUGCAAAUGAAG